AUGUCUGGCCGGAAGCUGGGCGGCGGUCGCAUCCUGGGCAGCGGCAAAGGGCUUGCGCCGCCGACGCCGCCGACAGUUCCUCGCUCCAGCAGCCCCCUCGCCCCGUCGGAAAGCACGGUCUCGAUCGGGUCGCCGUCGUUGUCGCCAGACGCCAGCGGGAGUCUCCCCGACUUUAGCCAGGACAUUGGCUCAAGCAUCAGCGUUGGGGCGCAGUCCAAGGGCAACGCGGCCGACGCCUCGACACUGUUUUGCCCGAUAUGCAACGAGGAAAUGGUGACACUGCUACAACUGAAUCGGCACAUCGACGACAACCAUCAAGAGCUGCCCGUGGAGGAGCAGGACGAAGUCAAGACGUGGUUCGACAAGCAAGUCCUGAAAGCGAAGCGAUUUCAGCCCCUGUCCCUGAUCAACCAGAAGAUUCGUGGCCUCGAAGUGUUCGAAUCCAACGAGUCGAACCACGUUCAUGCGCCGGUCUCGACUGGCAAGAUCAACCACGAUGGGCCGGUCGACCCCGACGAACUCAUAACGCGAAGUCACUGGCAGCGGUCAACGGCAUACGAUGUCUGCACGGACCCUACAUGCGGCAAGGGCCUCGGGCCCAUAAACGGAAGCAUCAACUGCAGAAACUGCGGGCGGUUGUUUUGCGAGGAGCACACCAUGUAUCAGAUGAAGCUGAGCAGGAGCGCAAACCACGAACCGGUCCGGGGCUUCUGGGCUAGAGUCUGCGAGACGUGCUACAAGUCGAGAGAGGGCUACAACGACCAUGUCGGGGUAUCCGUCGACCAUAUGAACACCUUUGCGGACAUACGGCGGAAGAAGGUCGAGCGGCAGAAUUUGGAGGUAUCACGGCUGGAGAAGCGGCUGACCAAGUUGACGCGCCUCCUGGCGGAUCCUCCCGAGAAUAUGACGGCGUCAAACGGCUCGCUCCUGGCCCCGGUAUCGUCAUUUAUGGGUCAGAAAGAUACCCGCAAGCUGCUGGAGCAGUCAGUUGUCACAUGGGAGGUGGACGAGACGGUGCCCAAGUGCCCAUUUUGCCAGCAAGAAUUUGGAUCCUGGACCUUCAGGCGGCAUCACUGCCGGAUAUGCGGUCGUGUGGUUUGCGCUGACCCACAGACGGGUUGUUCCUUGGAAGUUGGCCUCAAUGUCGCCGGAUCGAAGAAGGCCUCAGAAGAAAAGGCACAGGCCAACGGGACAGAUUUAAUGCACUUGAGCAUCAGGAUGUGCAGAGAGUGCAACCACACCAUAUUCUCGAGCCGCGACUUUACUGCAUCCCUUCAACAUAAACCCCCAGAUCAGAGGGCGUACGAGACCUUACGCCAAUUUGAACGCGGUAUACGCCAACUGCUGCCGUCAUUUCACCGAGUGCUCAUGGCAUUGCAGCCAGAGAAGCUGAGCAACGGGGAGAUUGACCUGUCAAAACCGCCGCCAACACAUGCACAGAUCCAGGAGGCAAGCAAAAUACGAAAGCGGCUGAUAGACAGUUUCGGCAAGUACGGCACGGCAGCGAAGCGGAUGCGAAACUUGCCGACAGACAGCCCGACACAGAAGCGGCUGCAAGAGGCCGUAUACCGAUACUCCAGCAGCUUCCUGCACACCAACAUGCUCCCGCUCAAGAGCUUACCCAGCCUCCUCCGCCACCGCUCCACGCCGUCCACCUCGUCGCGCUACCUCUCCACGCCGACGCAGUCCACAUCCAGCCUGCGCCACACGGAGCUCGCAGACUCGGAGACGGCCUCGCAGGCCCCCAGCGAGACGAGCACCAUGGUCAGCCAGCUCGAGACGGAGGAGAAGGAGCUGCGGGAGCGGCUCGCCGUGCUCGAGGAGCAAAAGUUCAUGGUCGACGACAUGCUCCGCCUGGCGACGCGCUCGCGCCGCUUCGAGGAAGUGAGCGCGCUGUCGAGGAACGCGGAGGAGCUCGACGGCGAGAUUGGCGAGCUGAAGAAGAAGGUCGGCAGCGUGGAGGAGCGCUGGGAGGGCGUCUACCGUGACGGCACGCCGGCGUAG